AUGGACGAUUCUGCUCUAAGCAGGAAUCGCAACAAGCGCUCACGGUCACCCCAGGGGCGCGGUGCCAGCGAGAAGGACGGUCGAGAUGUGAAGCGCUAUCGAUCGCGGUCACCGCACCGCCACAAGCACCAUCACCACAAGAAAAAGGAGAAGCUGCCUUUUCGCAGUCCCCAUCUGCAUAGACACGACUUCGACGCGUAUAAGGCGUUGUUCGCAGACUAUCUGGACCUACAGAAGGAUCUGGACUUUGCAGCAUUGGACGACCGCGAGAUCCAAGGAAGAUGGAAAAGCUUCCUCAAUAAAUGGAACCGUGGCGAGCUAGCGGAAGGAUGGUAUGACCCAGAGACCAAGCGAAAGGCCGAUGAUAGAGCAAAGGUUUCAAGGAGGCCGAGUCCACCAAGGAGACCAUUCGUAUCUGACGCCUUGCCUAACGCAUCAGGAUCUCGAAACGGUACCGUCUCUAAGGAAGAUGAAAGUGAUGAUGAUCUAGGCCCAGCUCCUGCGACUUCUGGGGGAGAACGCUAUGGACCUUCAGCCCCCGGCUUCCAGGAUCUCCAGUACAAGCGAGAAUUAGCAGAAGAGGACCGAGCAAACCAGCGAGCGGACCUUCGGUACGAGCGCAAGCAGGACCGCAAGGCGCAAAAGGAGCGCUUGGAAGAACUUGCACCGCGUGCAGAGCCAGGCUCGCGCGAACGGCAGCUGGAGAAGAAGCGUGAUGCGGCUAUGUCAAAUCGUGCUUUUGCCGAGUCGAAGGAUGCUGGCACUGAGGAAGUUGGGGAGAGCGAUCUGAUGGGCGACGGUGGUGUCGAUCACUUCAAAGCUAAGAAGAAGGCGGAAGAGAGGCAGAAGAAUGAGCGGGAGCUUAGGAAGGAAGAGAGAUUGAGGGCCAGGGAAGCGGAGAGGGAAGAGCGACUUUCUGAGCACAGGAAAAAGGAGGAGAAGACUAUGGAGUACCUGCGGACUCUUGCACAGCAGCGAUUUGGUGCUGGAAGUUGA